CCGAACGCACCGUUGCGGGUGCCCUUGGUUGGGCUUUGGGCGAAUCCUUGCCGUUCAUUCGCGCACCGCUAGGCGAAAGAAAAACAAAGCUGCCUCGCGGGCACUUCAGCACAAACCAGACACUGGAGCUCGCACAGCAAACCGUCAAGAGCACUCGGAGCACGUUUCCUACUUUCUCGGGCCCGUUCAGCUGGGCUCACACGCAGCGGUUGUUGUUGUUGCUUUUGUUCGUGUGUGUGAUUUUCGUUUCAGCUGGUUUUUGUGUGUGUGUGUCUUUUUAUGUGUUUUGUGCAGGAACAUCGUACCGUGUGCGGAAGCCGGGUGAAUCCUCAACCUCUCGACGCAUACCGUCGGUGCGAAAGUCGGUAGUCUUACGUGCAGUGCGGUUGUUGUCACACCGGAGACGCGCACCCGAGCGAGCGAGCGAGCGAGCGAACGAGAGAGAGAAAAGGAGAAAAGGCUUAAAAAAGGGGAGCCACAGUGUGAAGGAGCGCCGAAGCGACAAGGUGUAUACGUGUAGGCGCGCGCUCCAUAUGUGCGGACGUGUGUUUGUGUGUGUUUGCCAGGGGUGUUCGCAGCAGCGUUCGAGCAGUGUGUGCGUAGCGUGCGGUCGGUCGCUGGUGUCCUGCGCCUGAAAGGUUGGCAUUGCGCUCGACGCGCUGAUUGACGCGGGCCGACUCUGAGUCAGAGUGUAGACGACCCACCGACAAGAGGAACAGUUUUGGUCUCCCCGUUGCGCCCCAAAGUUAUGCAGCGUGCGUAACGGCGCCGUGCUGCAAAGUGUGUACGAGAGUUCGUCGCGUGUGUUUUUUCCUUUGCUCGUAGGUCUCGCAAGACUCCGACAGCGUGAUUGAUAGUGAGCCGCGCGCGUGCUGAAGUGUGUGUGUGCCAGUGAUGAACCUGGAAGCGAACAUGUCCUCGCCCGAGGUGGACAUUGACGUGAACGUUGUGUCGAGCCCGGAGCCGAGCCCGCGGCCGCUCGACAGCCCGCCGCCGGGGCAGCCGGGCAGUGACGACGAGCAGCGCUCGUCGCCCGACACUCAACACCACAACCAGUCGGGCUACUCCGCACCAUCUCAACAACAACCACCACCAUCACUACCACCACCACUACCGCAACAAUUAAAAGCGACGCACUCGCCAACGCUGCAGCAGCAGCAGCAGCCCCACCACAACCACCACCAACACCACCAGAGCCACCUGAGCCCGCACAGCGGUGGGCACGGGGCAGUGCUGCAGCACCAUUCGGCCAUGGUGGCGGCUGCGGCGGCCGCCGCCGCCCUGCACCACCAGGCGGCCCAGGCUGCGGCGGCACAGGCGGCCGGCCAGCACGGUUGCGGUUCCUACCACGUAGUGGGCUCGCCGGCCGCGGCCAUCCCGGCGGCUAUCCCGGCGGCCAGCAGCAACAGCAGCGCCAUCAACAGCACCAACAGCUCCAGCACGAACAGCUUCAACCACAGUCCCGACUCCCGCUUAAGUCCGCCGAAAACGCCGCCGGAAAGCCAACACCAGCACCAGCAUCACCAUGCGCAGCAGCAUCAUCAGCACCCUGCUCAUCAGCAUCCGCCGCACCAUACCCACACGCAUAUCAAUCAACUAUCGCAUCAAACGCAACAGCAGCAGCAGCAGCAGCAGUCGCCGACGGUCGGCAAAACGGCGACCAAUCCGGGCUACACCAGCUUCUCCAUCUCGAGCAUACUGAGCCGCACCGAGCCGGUGGCGAAGAAGGGCCUGGGCGUGAUCACGCCCGUACCGUCGCUGCCGCUGUCCGCGGCGGCGGCGGCUGCAGCGGCCGCCGCGUCCGUCUCGAACGGUACGGUCAGCCUCGGGUCGAACGGGACGCCCAGCACGCAGGACGCCGCCAUGCUGUCAAGGUUGGGAUUCAUGUCACAGUGGAGCGCGAUUGCUAAUCGGUAUGCGGCCCUCUGCCCGCCCGGCUGGCCCUGGCCACCCACGUCCCAUCGGAUGCCUUUCCAUAGCCCCACCAACGACAACUCGACGAACGCGAUGGAAAACCAGUCACCGUCGCUUACGCCGCCCCCAUCCCAGCAGUCCAAGUCCCCGUCGCCCCAUCCCGCCUUUCUGGGCGGCCGGGCAAGCGGGUGUGGUCCGGGCGGGCCGGGCGGCAUGGGCGGCCCAGGGUCCGGGGUCGGUCCGGGCGGGCCGGGCGGUCUCGGCCCCGGCGACGACUGCGAGUCGGACGACGACGGGCAGGAGAUCAUCGAGGAGGACGACGAGAGCGACCGGCCGUCCGAUUCGGCCUCACCCAACUCCAACGGCAGUGCAAUGCAGGCGAAGCGCAAGAAGAAAACGCGGACGGUGUUUUCCCGCGCCCAGGUCUUCCAGCUCGAGUCGACGUUCGAUCUGAAACGCUACCUUAGCUCCUCGGAACGGGCCGGACUGGCGGCAUCGCUGCGGCUGACCGAGACGCAGGUCAAGAUCUGGUUCCAGAACCGGCGGAACAAGUGGAAGCGCCAGCUGGCGGCCGAGCUGGAGGCGGCUAACAUGGCGAACAUGGCGCACGCCGCCCAGCGGCUCGUACGCGUCCCGGUGCUGUACCACGAGGGGGCCACCGGUGGGUUCGUGCCGCCACCGCCCCAUCCACACUCCCAGCAGCUGUACUACACGACCUCGGCUGGCCGUGCCGGUUCGCCGCCCCGACCACCCCUCUCCUCGCUGGUGUAAUGGAGGCUGCCGGGAGCCGACGUUGGACAGCUCGGCUAGUUGGGGCGCUACGGGAGUCUUCAGCAGUCUUCCACCAGAGCGCCUAGCCACUAGGGCCGCACCUUCGGACUUCCUUGCAAACAUGUGUGUGAGAUGACAGAACCGGCACACACACACACACAAACAGAGAUACAAACACAACAUAGAGAUACAGACAGAGACAUAAACAGAUCAGGCAAACUAAGAUCCAACCAACGGGUUUCGUGUAGUCAGCGCGAGUCUUCGUGAGGUAUUUGUCGAAGAAUGCAGGCGUACCUCGUACCCGGCCUCUUGAACAGCAAAUUUAGGGUUGGGGAAAGCGGGAGGAAAACAAGAACCUAGAACCUAGAAAAUGAUAUAUAUAUAUAUAUAACGACCUAAAGUAGUAAAUUAAAUAAGCUUUUUUGAAGAAGUGAGAAGAAGUAUCUGGAUAGUGGGAGGGGGUGGGGUAGGAAGAGCAAAGAUUAAAGAUGUCGCACGCACGCCUAUUAUCCUCUUCAGUAGUGUUCGAACGCAACUUCCGUGUGUAAAUAGUAUGCAAAUGUAUGCGCGCAGUGCCCGGGCGCCCGUCGGCCAACAACCGUAUUAAAACAAAAAAAAAACAAAACAGUACAUUGCUAAUCACAAAUAAAAACAAGCAAACAAGCAAAAUUAAAGCAAAAACCUAACAUCUGCUAAAACAAAUUGGACCUUUCAUUCUACUGUUGCUUGCGACCUUGGGCUAGGUGCUUCCUGUAGUUGAGCUCGGCUUCAUCCGAAAUUCGUCCCGAUUGAUGCUCCCGUUAUCGAACCGUGGCCGUGUCAAUGGCCGACGGGCUUGUUCCUGGUGAACAAUAACUGGAUAGAUUUUUUUCCGCACAACUACCUGGGAACUGCAAAUGCUAAACUUGCGAGGACGCAACGGAAUGGUUUAGUGUGAGUUUUUUUUUGUGUGAACGGGCGUGUUGCAGAGCUCUGUUAGUCGAAGCAGGAGGCAAUCUUGAUAGUGUCUACUGCUGCGUUAAUGUUAUUGACACUUUCCACACACAUGUCCAGACGAGCAGGAUGAGCGCAACAGUGUACUGCUACUGCUGUUUGUGUGUGUGAAGCUGCUGCAUUAAGCGAACGAACGCGACGAGUUUUGUGGUCGUGGAAUCCUUUCACUAAAUUUACGGGUGCUGCAAACGCAAACCUAAUUGGUGGAGCUUGAGUGCACAGGCGAAAGUUACACAUACAGUGUAUAUAACCUAGCACACAUUCAAAGAUGGUUUGUGAAAUGUUGGGCUCGGAGAACAAGGGAACGGCAUGUAAACGCGUGAAGUAAACAAACACGUACGGUGAACGAAACUGAG